AUGGGCAGCUCAACCUCCAGUUCCAAUGGCAGCUCCGACUGCAGCUCAUCGGCAACAUCAUCAACCACGGGCAGCAGCAGCAGCAGCUCGAUGCCAAGCAACUGCAACUGCUGCGUGGCGCCACGCUUCGGCUUCAAACGUCUGCUGCAGAAGUUGCAGAAGUUGCGACGCACAAUCAAGCGUCAUUUGCGGCCACGCAAGAAUCGCUGCGGCUUUCAGCGUCGCUAUGGGGCACGCACAGCGCUGUUGCGUCCGAUGCCCCGUUGCAGCUCCUUUGGCAGCUGCGGCACUCUGCUGACGCCCACAAAGCGUGCCAAGGCCACGCCCACCGACACUCAUUAUGCGCAAUGGAAGUGCACAUUCGAGCAUGCCAGGGGCAGCAAGAAGUAUGGCGCAACAGCAGCUGCAACUGCGCCACACGACAUCAGCGAAGCGCUCUCCGGCCAAACGACACCACGAGGCUUCCCCUCGCACACCGAUGCCCGACGCUGUUCCCAACAGUUGCAACAGUUGCAGCAACAGCAGCAACAACAACUCCAGCCUGUGGUCGAGCAGCCACUCUAUGAGCAGGCCCAGGUGCGUCGUCGUCUCAGCUUCCGUCUGCCCGGCGGCGGCGGCGGCACCGUGCGUCGGUUGACCGCACGCCAGAGGGCGGCACAGGCCAAACUGGAGGCACAGCUGCAGCGAGAGCUGCGCGAUUUGGAGGAUUACUACGGCGGAUUUCACUAUGCACGCCGCAACGAGCGACGCAUUUGA